AUGGUUACGAUAAUAAAUGGAGAAAUCGUAGCUGAUAGUGACCCUCGGGCCCAGGAAUAUAGAAAUCGGGGAAGGAGGCAAGAAAGACAACAAGGGCAAUCACAACAACAGCAAUGGACGUAUGGAACACAUGAUCAGCAAAAUCCAAAUGGGCAAGAAGGGGGCUUAUUUACUCAACUAAACAAUCGAUUACUAACAGCGGGAUUUCCUCGCUGGAAUCUUGGCCAAUAUGUCGUUGAACCAAUCAUGUCUGUGUCAUUAAUACUUGCGCUGGUGUUGUUCGGACUUCGUGGAGUUUUAUUGGUGGGUGUUGUAUGGUUUAUCAUGCAACAAGGCCGGCAUGUAUGA